AAGGUACUGGAAGGUCUGCAGGCGGUGAGCCAUUAUAUGGACCGGCCGGUAGACGAGCUGAUUCUGGAGAACAACAAUCUGCCCAGUUUACCCGGCAAAGUGUUCGCAUCUUUACGAGUUCUGCGCUUGAUGCUGCGAAACAAUCGUCUCGAAAGGGUAUCCUCCGGCUGGCUGGAAGGUUUACACGACUCCUUGCUGGAACUGUUCAUCGUUGAGCCCGAUCUGAGGUCCCUGCCCGUGGACAGUCUGGAGAACCUGCAGGGUAUCGAGGCGAUGACGCUGCAGAGUCGCGUGAUGAAGCGACUGCCGACGUUCUCCGGUCUGCCGAAGCUGAGGUAUCUUCAGAUCAACUCUCCGGCCUUGCUAGAACUCGUCCCGAGGAAUUUCCGAGACAUUCCCAACUUGGAACAGCUGCACGUGCUGGGUAGUCCGAGGCUGGCCAGAUUGGAGGCCGGGCUUCUUCGAGAUCUGCCUCGACUGGAACUGAUCAACAUCACCGAUUCCGGUAUCCACUGGAUUCAUCCGCGAGCCAUGAUCAAUCUACCGGAGCUCAAGGAGAUCUCGUUGGUUGGAAACGCCAUAAUCGACGCCGGUAUGGUCGGCCGCGCGUGCAUGGAUCUUCCGUCGCUGUCGGUGAUACGUCUCGAUCGAAAUCGCAUCAAUCGCCUGGGCGAAGGCUCCUUCGUCGAUCUCUCCGUUUUGUCGCGCCUCUAUCUGUCGCGCAAUCACAUCACCGAGAUAUUCGCCGGCGCUUUCCAGCGGGUACCAGCCCUCAAGUCCGUGGACCUGAAUCACAAUCUGAUUCAUCGCAUUCAUCCGGAAUUCUUUUCGCAGCGGGUAGGAAACGCGUUGGAAGAGAUGUGGCUGAUCAACAAUGACCUUAGCCACGUGGCGGAGAUACGAUCGGUGCUUGAGGCUCUGCCAAGGCUGAAGUUCCUGGACGCCAGUCACAAUCAGUUAGAGGAAAUACCCUUCGGUGCUCUAAGAGGCCAUCCCACUUUGGAGAGACUCCAUCUGAAUCACAACAGGCUCGCAUUUUUGCAGAGAGAAACGUUCACGGCGAUGCCGGCGCUCAGGGAACUUAGACUGAAGAAUAAUUCCCUGUCAAAUUUGCUGGAAGUUCCCUUCUGGAAUUUGCCAGCGUUAAAGGGCCUGGAUCUUUCAGAAAAUUAUUUCCGUCACAUAGAACCACGUUUGUUCACUAAUCUGCCAAAUCUCAGACGGCUGGAUCUUAGCGGUAACGCCAUAGGACUCAUCGAACCGGAGUCUUUUCUGGGCACACCGGCGCUGGAGCACAUCAAUGUCUCCGGGAAUGCCUUGUCUGUUCUUCAUCCUUUAACCUUCCGACACCUGGCGAACUUAUACGAGCUCGACAUCGGUUUGAAUCGUAUGCUGGAAGUGGUCCCUGGUCUGCCGAAGGACAUCGAACACCUUCACAUGUCCAAGAACCGUAUCGUCGCCCUGCCAACCGUGUCCUCUCAGGAUCUAGCUCUACCUGCCCUACGAUCGUUGGAUUUAAGCUCAAAUGGGAUUGAGAGAAUUUUACCUGGCACCCUGGUUGACUUGCCGAAUUUGAAAAAAUUGAAUCUAGGUUACAACACCCUGAGACUUCUAGACGACGGCGUUUUCGACGGACUCGCGGGAUUGGAACAACUGGAUUUGAGGUGCAACCGACUGGUCACGUUGCACGGACGAAGCUUCCGACCGCUAAAGUCGUUGAUGGACAUAAAUCUUCGGGGUAAUCGAGUGGAGGUUCUGCGACCGGAUAUUUUUCAAGAGAACACGAGACUGCAAAGAAUUGACUUGAGCAGAAAUAAUCUCGCACAAAUUCCUCACGCCACCUUUGCCAAUACCAGAGACCUUCGUGAACUGUACGCGUCGCACAAUACUUUGACCGAGUUACCCGGAUCGCUGCAUGGCUUAACGGCUCUACGGGUCCUCGACUUGAGCUUCAACAAGCUGAACAUCCUAUCUCCGGAAACACUAAGCAGCCUGUCGUCCUUGUUGGAAUUGAAACUGGUCAGAAAUCAUAUACGGGAGCUGCGGGAGGGCGCGUUCGACGGACUACCGCGACUGUCCUUGAUCGAUCUCGAAAACAAUGAUCUCAGGGUGAUCGAGAGAAACGCGAUCAGAGCGUUACCGGAGUUGCAGGCCGUCCGACUCGGCAGGAAUCGAUUACAGUCCAUUCCCAGCGGUGCUUUCACCGAAUUACCGCUGCUGCAGAGCGCGGAACUGCAGGAGAAUCGGAUUCAGGAAAUCGCUAAUAAUGCCUUCAUUAACGUGCCACACUUACUUUUCCUUAAUCUAAGUCAUAAUCAUCUGCCGGACUUGGCGUACGUCGGACUGGAGAGCCUUCACUCGUUAGAGGUUCUUGAUCUCAGUUACAAUCGAUUAUCUAGAGUUUCCAGCGACAGUCUAGCGGCUAUGGAAUGGCUAGUGGAAUUAAAGAUGGACAACAAUCGGAUUUGCGCCGUGCAUGGUUCGCCUUUCGAUGAUAUGCCCAGAUUGCGAGUAUUGAGCCUGCGAAGCAAUCGGAUGACCGCGGUCUCCGAAAACGCUUUUAAAAGGCUGCGAUCGAACAUCGCCGUCUUGGAUAUCGACGGAAAUCCACUAUCCUGCUCUUGCGGCAUGCUUUGGCUGCGAGGAUGGCUACAGCAGGCUUCCGAGGAGGGUCCUAGAUGCGCUGACGGAUCUCUUUUCAAAGAGCUUAGAUUAUCGCGACAGGAUUGCCAGCGUGAGAGACACGUGGAGCCGAUUUAUCCAGGAUGCGAGGCCGAAAUGGUUAACGUUGCGACGCCCUCGGUUUCUUCAUCCGAGACAGUACCAUUGUGGAUGAAUCUAAAGGAUUUCUCGACGCAAAAGCCCUCCGUUUCCCAGGACUCUGAUUACUUGUACCAGUACGUAGAUUAUCAGGACAACGGAAGCGACACAAGCACGUUGCCGCCCAGCGUGUCUACCAUCGGCGCACCUACCCAGACCGUGAAGAUCAUUCACCCGCCGUCGCAGAAGCAUCAAGGACAGAAGAACGCCACGUUACCAAUAAAGAAGAAUCCUACGGUGCCGCCGUCAUCCGGCGUUACCUUCUUCGGCAUUCCCGUGAACUUUCUGUGGGGUAAUUCGGCCAGAAAGACGGACAGAAAGGAAUCCUCAUCGACGUCGUUGCCGUCGGACAGACCUGGCCGAGGACGUUACAGAUCAUUUCCGCCCACGCAACCGGAAAUUCACAGGGGUGGCUUCGUGCCCCUGCCGCGCGCCCAAGGCGGAUUUGUGCCGAGCGCUGAUCCUAGAUUGACGUACGAGAAACAGGCGAACACUUCAAGAUCGUCGAAUGUAAGCAGUACAUCGGUACAGCACGAACGUCCUCGAAAAAGCGGAAACAGCACCGUGAACAAAUUGGAGAAAACUGUCCCCAAGACCGGGAAACCGCGGACGAGCCUCCAAGAGAGGGAGGAAUUACCCACUGCAUCGACAAUCGUUCGAUCGACUGGUUUUGAGUCUCGCAAGAUUUUGACCAACGUCAGUAGAAACAGCCUUAAUGCAUCAAACACAGUAAAAAAUAGCGCGUCGAUAAUCGUGGAGGAAGAUUCAUCGCAAGAAGCUCACGAAACGUCGGUGUCCACCGAGAUUUACGACGGCGAAAGUUUAGAGGUAAAUACGGAAGAUACUAAAUUCAUAGAGAAGCCGCAGAUGGAAGUCGCCAACAGGAUAGUUUGGACCACACCGAAAACGAUAACGGUAGCGGAAACGAAAAAAGGUACGAUUAGCAAGGAAACUGUAACUGCAGCGGUUGAGGUAGCACCGUCGAGAGAAAGCGGAUCCAAAGAUUCCAAAGACUGGAGUUUAGAAGUAUCCGAAUACGAAAAAGAUUCAACCCUUUUAAGCAGCGCAGUUGACUCUCACGAGAAACCUGACGAUUUGGAUAUUGUAAUUGAAACGGAUGCGGAACCGAUUCCGCAUUUCUCAGCGCCCGCGACGUCUUCCACAUCGAAUCCGCCCAGAGAAACCACGACUGUGACUUCUCGAGGGACGGAGGCGUCCGCUUUGUCCGCGCUUCUGGUCCCGGGGGGACAAAUACCUUCUUCAGGAAUAAAUUUACGUCCGCUAGGUAGAUCCACGAUAACCAAGGUCGCCUCGCCGUACGUCAGCUACAAUUCCGAGCAAUCCCGGGAGAAAGAUCGCCAGAAGUCGAUCGUUGGCGCUACUCAGAGAAGCGAGAUCGUCGACGAGACGACGACCGAAAGCCAGAGCGAGGCGUUCGUCAUCGACGAUGAGGCCAAAGUGAUGGACGACAGUCCUUUCAACUGGUACUUCCAGCACUAUAAUGAUUCAAAUCUGGAACCUUACGUGGGCAUAGCUUACAGCAGUGCCACGAAGAUCAACGCCUGGCAAUGGUUUCUUAUGCUUAUUUUCAGCAUUCUGAUAUAAAAAGAUUUAGAAGUCUAAAUUCUUUUUAAACAAACAGAUUAAUCGAAUCAUGAGAUAAAAUUAUUGUAAUAUUUGUUAAUAAAUGAUGUGGUACGUAGAUGCUUUAAAUCGAUCAUGUACAUUGUACAAUCAUAAUCAUGUAUACAAUGGAUAAAAUUUUAUGUAUACAUAUAUUCCGUCCGAAACAUGUACAAAAAUUGUACAUGUACAAAGAUCACGCGUAUAAAUAUAUAUCUAACUAUAUCUGCAUUUUUGUAUAUUCUUUUGAUAAAGCAUAAAUAAGUAUAAAUAUUUCUAUAUUAAUAA